AUGGAAGAAUUAGUUUUGGCCAACUUAGAUUCAACAGUUUUUGAUGUGGAUAAUUUAAUUGAAAAUAUCGCUUAUAAAUCAACUGAUGGAAAUGUUGUUAAUGAAAAUUUUGAUCCUAAUUUAUUAGAAAGUAAAUUUCGUCAAGCUAUGUCAAUUUUACAAGAUUAUCAAGUUCAAACUGAACAAAAUAUAAAACAACUCGAAGAAGCAUGUGAAAAAGAACGAAAUACAUGGGCAAAUAGUGUUGCACAACUUGAAGAAUUAUAUCAAUCGACAUAUACUGGUCAACAAGAACUUGAAAUGCGUAUAAGUGUUAUAUCAACAAAAGUCAUUCAAAUAGGUCAUCAACUUGAAAGUAAAAGUAAUCCACGUCAACAAUUAAUUGAUGCAAGAACAACAGCAAAAUAUCUUGAACGUUUUCUUGAUGCAAAUGAUGAUGUUAGUUUAAUGUUUCAAGAUGCAUCAAAACUUGAACAAGCAGCACAUAUUAUUCAUCCAUUAUAUAAUGUUUUACAAGAAUUACCUGAUGAACCAAAAUUUCUUGAUGCAAAAACGAAAGUUAAAGAACGUUAUUUAGCUAUUGAAGAAGAAUUAUUAUUAGAAUUUUCUCGUGCACAAGUUCGAAAUGAUAAAAAAGCUAUGAAAAAAUAUAUUAAAUUAUUAUCAAAAUUUAAAGGUCAUAACGAUUGUAUUCAAAAUUUUAUUACUGAUUGUUUAAAAGGUUAUUUUGAUAAUCCAAAUAUUGAUAUAUUUAAUUCCAUUCCACAAUUAUUUACUAAAGUUUCUGAACUAAUUAAUGAAUUAUUUGAUCAACCUGAAAAAGUAAUAGAACGAUUGAUUAUUACAGUGUAUACAGAAAAACUAGCCCCUUAUGUUCGUGAUCAACUCGAUGUAUAUGUACGUAAUCCAGAUUUAGAUAAUAUGGAAAAAUAUCUUCAAACUUUAUAUACCUUGAGUAAAAAAGCAACAAAAUUAUCAAAUGAUUUACAAACACAAAAAAUCAGUGAUGAUCCUGCUUUUUUACAUAAACUUAAUCAACAUGUUUUUAAAAGUUAUCUUAAAACUUAUAGCAAAUACGAAAUUAAUUGUUUGGAGGAAAAAUUUCAAGUUCAUCUUGAAAGAGUUGAAUCAACCGGUGGUCAACGAAGAAUGAAACCUACUGGAUUAAGUAUAACUGAUAUAAUUCAACAACGUUUAUUAAAUACAACCGAUCAAGUUGAUGAAUCUCGUUUUUCACCUGAUCUAGCUGCUGCUCUAUUAAAUGAUUGUAAAACGGCAAUGAAUCGAAUAACGACUUUAUCUGAAGGAUCAGAAGCUUCAGAAAAUAUUCUUCAAUGUUUCUUACGUUUACUUAAUGCAUUAGGUAGUCAACAUAUUGAAACAGAAUUACAAUAUAGUUUACAAGCUAUACCUGGUCCCGAACCAAAACAAGAACCAGAUAUACGUUUUUUUCAUGCUAUACUUCAAACAAACAAUAGCAUACAAUUAAUUGAACGUUAUUUUGUUAUGGAUAUUGCUCCAUUACUUUUAGGUACUCAACAGCAAACAAUACUUCUACAAACUAAAGAAAAAGUUUUUGGUCAAUUAGAAGAAUUUAUUAAUAUUGGUGUGGAUAAAGCUUUAUUAUGUAUAAUUGGUUAUAUUCGUAAUAUUCUUAAUGAACAAAAACGAUCAGAUUUUAAACCAGAAAGUGAUCUUUUUAUAUCGGAAUGUUCACCUAUAUGUAAACGAGUAGUACGCUCAAUUGAUAAUCAAAUUGUUCGUCUUGAACAAACAGUUGAUGGAAAAAAUUUAACAAGUAUUUUAAAUGAAUUUGGUCUUCGUUUUCAUCGUUUAAUAACAGAUCAUGUUUUUAAAUUUGAAUAUAAUAUAUCAGGUGGUUUAAUGAUGUUACAAGAUAUAAGUGAAUAUAAAAAAUGUUCAAAAAAAUUUCGUAGUUCAACUGUUGAACAAUUAUUUUCUAUUUUACAUGCACUUGUUAAUUUACUUGUUGUUGUACCUGAUAAUCUUCGUCAAGUUAUUACAGAAGGACAUCUUGCAUCAUUAACACGAGAUAUAAUUGAAUCAUUUGUUCAAUUACGUACAGAUUAUAAAUCAGCUAGAUUACAUGCAAUGAUUACUACUGACCCAUAA